AUGAAGACCGCCAUCAUCGCAUCCCUUAUCGCCUCUGCUGCUGCCUUUGCUCCUGCCAAGGAUGCUUCCCGCACCACUGCCUUGAACAUGGCUUUCGAAGACGAACUUGGUGCCCAAGCUCCUCUUGGAUUCUUCGAUCCCCUCGGAAUUGUUGCCGAUGGAGAUGCCGAGAAAUUCGAACGUCUUCGUUAUGUUGAGAUCAAGCACGGACGUAUUUUCUUUGCCUUUGUUGGAGCCUUGGAACUUGCCGUCAUGAAGGACAUCACUGGAGGAGAAUUCCCCGGUGACUUCCGUAACGGAGCCCUUGACUUCGGAUGGGACUCUUUCGAUGAGGAGACCAAGCUCACCAAGCGUGCUGUUGAGUUGAACCAGGGACGUGCCGCCCAGAUGGGUCUUUUGGGACUCAUGGUCCACGACAAGCUCGGAAAUGUUGAAAACUUCUUCCCCAACUAA